CUUCUUUGCAUUCAUGAAGUCCAUACUUCAAAGGGAGGCGUUUGUUUCCAAUAUUACCACCAGUGAAGUACAGAAAAAUAUUAAUAACUAUGUUGCUGAAAGUGUAUUUAGAAGCAAAAGAGCGGAAGCAUUUGCUUUGAAGUUCUAAAUUUACAACAUUAAGGGCCAUUCAGAAGAUAAAGAUGGAGAGACAAAAGAUGAAUUCAGAAGCACCAGCCACAAGACCAAAAACCAAAGGAUUCUAUCUCCCGCUAAAACCAAAUGAUGACACCGAAAAUAUUGAUAGUGAUGAUAAUGAGACAAUUCUCGAUACAAAUGAUAACUUUUCAAUCAAUUAUAAAGACAAUGGUUCCGCGUUAAAAAAUGAUUUCAAAGAAAUCAACAUUAUGACAAAUCCCGCAGCUUCAGAAUCUGAAAUGCAAACUGAAACGAAGACUUUUGAUUCGCAGGUGCACUUGCACAUGGAUUCAGAUUACGAUGAAGAAGAGGACGAGUGUGCGAUAGGGCCAAACCGCGGCCCACAUAUCAUUAUCUUUUCACUGAUGUGUUGCCCGGCCAUUCUAGUUAUAUCUGUCAUUGUUACUGGCUACGUUGGCUUGUUAUCGUUUCUCAACAUUCUAUGUUACUAUUUUGAAGAGCGGACAUUGCUCUAUCGCGUUUGUGUCUGUCCAGUUAUUCUGAUUGUCUUUCCUCCGUUGGUUGCUGUCUUUACACUGAUAGUGUCCGUUUUUUCGGCAUUGGAGCAAGUUUCCUGGUUCUAUGACUCGUGGUGGGAGUCUGUGUCGAACCUUGAAAAGGGAUUUUAUGCGUGGUUGUGCAGACAGCUUGGUUUGCAGAACUGCUGUCCUUAUGAAAGCAUUAAGAUAUCAGAAGAUGAUUAUGAGUCAGUAUCUCAAGAUCUUGAUCCCAUUUCUGUUGGCUCUACAGAUGUAUGAACAUUUUAGCUGUUGCUAUGUAUCAUGAACAUACACUGCAGUUCUUGGUAUAUAAAAUACUUGCAUAGAGAACAUUGUUUACAGUAUUUAAAGCUGUUUUCAUACAGGAGUAACUGGAUUUUUAUGGAUGGUUCAAUCAAUAUACUCUCAAUAGUCUUCAAUGUUUGUGGUAAUAUAUGAGGCCAUCUAAGAGUAGCACUGGUUUCAAUAAAUGUAUUUCUAGUGCUUUAAAUCAACUUUAGCUCAAAGGUGGUUUUGGAAUAUGAUUUGAAAUAUAGGUUUUAAAUAAAUUUAUGGUCAUGUAGAUAAUAUAAAGAUUAUGAAAUAAAAUAUAUUAAUUUAUAUAGAUAUAAUGUACAGUACAUAUAUAUUCAACCAAUCUGAAUAAAUUAAUGAAAAUAAUUAUUUAAUUGUAAAGUGAUUAUAAUUAUAGAGGCUCUACUAUAUUUAAUAUCAGGCAAGACUUUUUAUACCUUGUUUAACAAAACCGCUGCCCGUUAAUAAUGAUGAUUUUAAAUAGAAAUAAAAUUUAAUUUUUGGCCAAUUAGCGCACCUGCUGAGAAAAUAGAAAUUUCAGAA